GUGAAGGCUGAGGCAGGGUGAGUGUUAAUCCAACAUUUUUAUUCUUUUACUGUCUCUGAAUCAGCUUUCUCUCUGUGGACUGUAGAGGAAAGAAAUGUUUGAAUGAACUCAACACUUUGAUUCUUUUGUCAACAUAAAGUUGUGAUUGGCUGAAUAAUUCACAUUAAACCUGCUGAAACCAAGAAAACAAGCAGAGAUUUAAAGAAACCUGACCAGACUGACUGAAGACAGAAGAUGAUUGAUUGUGAGGAGGAAGAGGAGGACAGAGCAGAGUCUGCAGUAUCCAGCUGUCUGUCUAUGAAGAGUGACCGGUCCAGAGGUCAUCCUCCAAAGUUCAGUGAUGAACCUGGACCCUCAGACACAAAAGUUCAGUCCAACAGACAGAGACCAGAGUCUCCAGCAUCCAGCUGUCUGUCUAUGAAGAGUGACCAGUCCAAAGGUUAUCCAAUGAACUUCAGAAUUGAACUUGGACCCUUAGACACAAAAGUUCAGUCCAACAGACAGAGAGCAGAGUCUCCAGUAUCCAGCUGUCUGUCUAUGAAGAGUGACCAGUCCAAAGGUUAUCCGAUGAACUUCAGUGAUGAACCUGGACCCUCAGACACAAAAGAGAGGAAGAGGAGUCAUGUUCCUGUGGAGGAAAGAUCCAGAACAAGACCUGGACUGCAGACAGUCAGUCAGACCAGCACUGUACAAAUGAGUGCUGGUCUGCAGGAGGUUUUAGAUAAAUAUAAGGUCAGUCAGAAAAUGAGAUGUGAACAUGUGACUGAAGGAAGUGAUGAAACAGGAAGUGGAACCCUCCUCAACAGGAUCUACACUGAGCUCUACAUCACAGAGGGACAGAGUGAAGAGGUUAACACCCAACAUGAGGUGAGGCAGCUUGAGACAGCUUCCAAGAUGGAGACCCUCCAUGACACUCCCAUCAAGUGCCACGACAUCUUUAAAGCCUUACCUGACCAACAGAGACACAUCAGAGUCGUUCUGACCAACGGCGUCGCUGGCGUUGGAAAAACCUUCUCAGUGCUGAAGUUCACUCUGGACUGGGCAGAGGGCUCGGAGAACCAAGAUGUCAGUCUGGUGGUUCUGCUCUCGUUCAGGGAGCUGAACCUGAUCAAAGAUGAGCAGUUCAGUCUUCUCAAGCUGCUCCAUGUUUUCCAUCCAACAUUACAGAAGGUCACAGCAGAGGAGCUCGCUGUCUGUAAACUUCUGUUCAUCUUUGACGGCCUGGAUGAAAGCAGACUUUCACUGGAUUUCAACAACAAAGAGCUCGUGUCUGAUGUCACACAGGAGUCAUCAGUCAGCGUGCUGUUGACAAGCCUCAUCAAGGGGAAUCUGCUUCCCUCGGCUCUCAUCUGGAUAACUUCCAGACCUGCAGCAGCCAAUCAGAUCCCUCCUAAAUGUGUUGACAGGGUAACAGAAGUACGAGGCUUCACUGACGCUCAGAAGGAGGAGUACUUCAGGAGGAGAGUCAGUGAUGAAGAUCUGUCCAGCAGAAUCAUCUCACACAUCAAGACCUCCAGGACCCUCCACAUCAUGUGUCUGAUCCCAGUCUUCUGCUGGAUCACUGCUACAGUUCUGGACCACAUGUUGACUACAGACCAGAGAGGAGAGCUGCCCAAGACCCUGACUGACAUGUACUCACACUUCCUGCUGGUUCAGACAAAGAAGAAGAAGAAGAAGUACGAUGAAGGACAUGAGACGAGUCCACAGGAGCUGACGGAGGCUGACAGGGAAGUUCUUCUGAAGCUGGGGAGGCUGGCGUUUGAACAGCUGGAGAAAGGAAACAUCAUGUUCUACCAAGAAGACCUGGAGCAGUGUGGUCUGGAUGUCACAGAGGCCUCGGUGUACUCAGGAGUUUGUACACAGAUCUUCAAAAGAGAGAGUGUGAUCUUCCAGAAAACAGUCUACAGCUUUGUUCAUCUGAGCGUUCAGGAGUUUCUGGCUGCAGUCUACCUGUUCCACUGUUACACCAACAAGAACACAAAGGUAGUGGAGGACUUCCUGAGAAAGGAUGACAGGGACUCAAAACCAAAGUCUUUCCAAGAGAAAGUCUCAAUUUUUUUUGGAAACAUUGAUAGCCAUCACCCAUCUCUGGAUGUGUUCCUGAAGAAAGUCAUGGAGAAAUCCCUUGAAAGUAAAAAUGGUCACCUGGACCUGUUUGUUCGCUUCCUUCAUGGCCUCUCUCUGGAGUCUAACCAGAGACUGUUAGGAGGCCUGCUGGGUCAGACAAAGACCAGUUCAAGAAGCAUCAAGACAGCCAUCAACAACCUGAAGGAGAUGAACAGUGAUGAUAUCUCUCCUGACAGAAGCAUCAACAUCUUCCACUGUCUGAUGGAGAUGAACAAUGACUCAGUCCAUCAGGAGAUCCAAGAAUUCCUGAAGUCAAGGAAAAGAUCAGAGAAGAAACUCUCUGAGAUCCACUGCUCAGCUCUGGCCUACAUGCUGCAGAUGUCAGAGGAGGUUCUGAAUGAGCUGAACCUGAAGACGUACAACACAUCAGACCAGGGACGACUGAGACUGAUUCCAGCUGUGAGGAACUGCAGAAAGGCUGUGUAA